AAGAAUUUUUCGUUGAUUCUAUGUAAUAUUUUCUUUUAUCACGCAUAGAAAACGAAAUAUGCCAACGAAUUACUUAUUAGGGUGGUAAAUGAAAUAGCUUUAGAAGUUCUUUUAAGUUCUAACAAAUAUUUCAAAUUUGAAAAAAUUCGAGCUGAGAAAUUUUAUCUGAGUUUUACAAAUAAAUAAAUAAAUAAUUGCCUUAUAUUUGUCUUAUUUAAAAUGGCAUUGUUCCUGUUAUAAUUCGUCUGUGGAGGGAAUUCGCAAUGCUUCUGAUCUUUGAAAUUAUGUCAUAAAAAGAAAACAGAAAAUGUUUAACUUAAGUGCACAGGCAAGAUCAUGGAUGUUCAAAAGCAGUACUGAAUUAGCAAAAAGUAGGGAAAAUGCCAAUAGGAAAUUUAUCCAAGAAAAUUCAAAUGGAAGUGAUAAUCAGAAGCAUUUUCUAACACCAUCAGAAGAGCGAUUACUUUACAAACAUUAUGAAUCCAUUUUGUUAAAAUUUUGUCAAAAAUUUCAACCACCAAUGCCUAAAAAUGUUAUAGGCUGUUCAUUUCAUUAUUUUAAGCGUUUUUAUUUGAAUAACUCAGUGAUGGAUUUUCACCCAAAAGAUAUCGUUGUCACCUGUGUUUACUUGGCUUCUAAAGUUGAGGAAUUCAAUGUUAGUAUUGGUCAGUUUGUGGCAAAUGUGAAAGGAGAUCGUGAGAAGGCCACAGAGAUAAUUUUGAACCAUGAACUUCUUCUGAUGCAGCAACUGAACUUUGAUCUUGCUAUAUACAAUGCUUUUAGGCCUGUGGAAGGGUUUUUAAUUGACAUAAAG